UUGCACUUUGUGUUUAGAGCGGUGGUGCUGAGUGGCUGAUAGUUCCGAGUCUUGAAUUUUGGUUUUUGGAAUCUUUUCAGUGCAAGGAGGGAGUUCUCUAUUCUUUUUUCUUUUUCUGGAUUUUUUGUGGUCGUUGGAGCAGAACUUAAAGAGAAAAGGAGAAGAGUUUGGUUUUCAACUUGGGUUGAGGUGCCGUGAUGUGAUGAGUUGGAACGGUAGAGGCUUCAGUUUGUUGCUGAUGGGUGUAGUUGCGGGUUAUUGAAGACGGCGGCUUCUACUGAGUUUGAGUGCAGGGACUACCACAGCUUCCAAUUUAAACAAGGAGGUUAUGAAACAGCGUGUUUAGAAUUUACAACUUUAGUUACAACCUCUCUCUGCGACCACUUUUCUUCGUGGCUGAUCUUCAUCCGUAGCCAAUAUGAGCAGCAAAGAUGCGAAAGCGGGGAUAGUGGUGAAUGGGGUUGUUGGGCAGAAACGCACACGAGAAGAUUCGGACGAUGAGGACAUGAAAUUAGAUUGCGAGGUGCUGAGGAAAUGGAUGGAUCCCGUGCAAGGGUUGGCAAACAUGAGACGCGAGUUCGGGGAACAUGGUGGCGUCAACAUGUCCAUCGAGGCCUCAACCACUUUCACAGUGAUGGAACCGGAGACAAUGAGCAAGUUGUUUGAAGGGAAGCUUGGUCCGGAUCGAGAUUUCUACAUUUACAGCAGGCAUUACAACCCAACGGUGCUCAACUUGUCAAGGCAGAUGGCAGCAAUGGAAGGGACGCAGGCCGCCUAUUGUACAGCCAGUGGGAUGUCAGCUAUAUCCUCGGUGCUAACGCAAUUAUGCAACUCUGGCGACCAUAUUGUUGCCUCAAAUCGCUUAUACGGUGGCACACAUGCCCUCUUGGCCCAUUUUUUCCCACGGAAAAACAAUAUCACAACCACUUUCGUCGAUGUUGCUGAUGUGAGUGCUGUCAAGGAAGCUAUCAGGCCUUCCACCAAGGUGUUGUACUUUGAAUCUGUGUCAAAUCCGCAGUUGGUUGUCGCCAACAUCCCAGUUCUGGCGGGCGUAGCUCACGAGAAGGGUGUUAAGGUCGUGGUGGACAACACAUUUGCACCGAUUAUUAUGUCUCCGAUCCGUUAUGGCGCGGAUGUAGUUGUGCACAGCUUGACGAAAUUUAUCAGCGGUUCCAGCGACAUCAUUGCAGGUGCAGUUUGUGGUCCCGCUGACCUUAUCUCCUCCAUGAUGGGUUUGACUCAAGGUGCCCUUAUGCUUCAAGGUCCAACAAUGAAUCCUCAAAUUGCAUUCCAACUUGCCAUGCGUCUUCCGCAUUUGGAAUUGCGCAUGAAGGAACAUUGUGAUCGGGCACUAAUAUAUUCCAGGAGGCUGAAAAAGCUUGGCAUGAAGGUCAUAUAUCCAGGUCUGGAGGAGCAUCCUCAACACAACUUGAUGAAGAAGUUGCUGAACGAAGGCUAUGGAUUCGGUGGAAUGCUUUGCCUGGAUUUGGAAAGCACAGAAAUAGCGAACGACCUAUUGCGACAUUUGCAGAAUGUGUCUUUGUUUGGAUUGAUGGCAGUUAGUCUUGGAUACCAUGAUACAUUAAUGUCGUGCUCGGGUUCGAGUACCAGCAGCGAGCUCAGCAAAGAGGAGCAGAAUUCCGCAGGCAUUUCAGCAGGACUUGUACGGAUGUCCAUUGGGUUUACAGGUUCUGUGGAGAAAAGAUGGUCACAGCUUCUGGAUGCCCUCACAAGCCUAAAGCUAGUUCCAGAUAGUGCCAAAUGGCUUGAUUGAGGUAAUAUCAAAACCGGGUGGUGUAAGUAUCUCUGUCGGUCCAAAGGACUUGCUGCUCAUGGUACAUUACUGGGCGUCAAUCUCAUUGAGGAGCAUUAAAUCUCAGGCCUGAUCCCUUCUGUACUUUUCUGCUGUAAGGCAUUGUUGUAUAUGGCUCGCCGAAUCCAGUGGGAAGACAUGAAGGCUAUACCCGAGUAUCAGUCUCAUACUACUAAGAAUGAUUCUGAUUUCAAAGUAUUAGAGAAGGAUUUCGUAGAUCCGGUGGAAAGAGUUUGUGUGCAGUUAGAAUGAUACCCAUCUUUUCAAUACUUAUCAAGGAUACUAGCAACCCAACAGUCCGCCUUCUUGUGUCAUGUGCAGCUCGUGGUAACUUUCAAGUGUAGACUUGGGUUAACUGUGAACAGAACCAUACAAAACAAUUGUACAUACUUUGCACCAUGCCAAUAAUAAAUUUCUGAUCGUGAUGUAAACGAGCUUGAGGAUCUCGUCGUUAAUGCAA